GCGGUGUUUCUGCGCUGCUGCUGCGGGGUGACGUGGUUUGGUUUGGUUAUGAUGGCGGACACUAAAGCAGAAAGUUCAGCUGACAGCUCAGCUCUGAUCCCGAACAGCGGCAAUGUCUCCUCACAGACCAACAACCCGCUCACCAGGAAGCUCAAUAAGAUCCUGGAGACCAGGCUGGAUAAUGAUAAAGAGAUGCUGGAGGCUCUGAAGUCGCUGUCGGUGUUCUUUACUGAGAACAGUCUACGCACUCGGAGGAACCUGAGGGGAGACAUUGAGAAGCGCAGUCUCUCCAUCAAUGAAGAAUUUGUGCGGAUAUUUAAAGGCGUGAAAGAGGAGCUGGAGAGUAUAAAUGAAGAUGUUCAAGCCAUGAGUUCCUGUUGUGAAGAAAUGACCAGUAGGUUAAAGGCAGCUAAAGAACAAACCCAGGACUUGAUUUUGAAAACCAACAAACUACAAGGAGAAAAUCAUCGUCUGGAAGUGCGAUCGCAGGUGGCCCAGGUCUUCCUCUCAAAGUUCCAGUUGUCCAGUGAAGAAAUGUCCAUCUUACGCUGUGCUCGUGACGGGCCUAUAACUGAGGAUUUCUUUAAAGCUCUGAGUCGAGUGAAGAACAUUCAUGAAGACGUCAAGGUCCUGCUGAGGACCAACCAGCAAACUGCAGGGUUGGAGAUCAUGGAGCAAAUGGCGGUGUUGCAGGAGACAUCAUACGAGCAGCUGUACCGCUGGGCACAAAGCGAGUGUCGGGGGUUGACUCAGGAGACGUGUGAUGUUCCUCCAGUGCUGAGUCAAGCCAUGGAGGCUUUGCAGGACCGUCCUGUUCUUUUUAAAUACACCCUGGAUGAGUUUGGCACGGCCAGGCGAAGCGCGGUGGUCCGAGGCUUCAUCGAUGCGCUAACGCGGGGGGGCCCUGGUGGGACCCCCAGGCCAAUAGAGAUGCAUUCUCACGACCCUAUGAGGUAUGUGGGGGACAUGCUGGCAUGGCUGCAUCAGGCUACAGCCUCAGAGAAGGAGCAUCUGGAGGCACUGCUAAAACAGGUCACAGUGCAAGGCGUUGAGGACAGCAUGCAGGAAAUUGUUGGCCACAUAACUGAGGGGGUGUGCAGACCGCUGAAGGUGCGGAUUGAGCAGGUGAUAGUAGCAGAGCCGGGCGCCGUGCUGCUGUACAAACUUUCCAAUCUGCUGAAGUUCUAUCAUCACACGAUCAGUGGAAUCAUUGGCACAAGUGUUGUGUCUCUGCUGAUCACUAUUGAAGAGAUGCAUGUCCUCAGCAAGAAGAUGUUCUUUAACAGCCUCAGUGUCCACGCCAGCCGGCUCAUGGACAAGGUGGAAUUACCUCCUCCUGAUCUGGGCCCCACAGCCUCUCUCAAUCAGACCCUUUCUCUGCUCAGGGAGGUUCUCGCCUCCCAUGACUCCUCAGUACUCCCGCUAGACGCCCGCCAAGCUGACUUCGCUCAGGUCUUGUCCUGUAUCUUGGACCCUCUGCUGCAGCUCUGCACCGUAUCCGCCAGCAACUUGGGCACUGCAGACAUGGCCACGUACAUGGUGAACUCCCUCUACAUGAUGAAAACAACUCUGGCCUUGUUUGAGUUUACAGACAAGAGGCUAGAGAUGCUGGAGUUUCAGAUUGAGGCUCACUUGGACACUCUGAUCAACGAGCAGGCGUCCUACGUGCUGACCCGAGCUGGACUCGGCUACAUCUACAACUGCGUACAGCAGCACAGUGCGGAGCAGGGUCCUCUGUCCAACCUCCCCAGCAUGGACAGUUCAUCUCUUAAAGCAGCUAUGGUCCAGUUUGAUCGCUACUUGUCAUCACCUGAUGCCUUUGUGAUGCCUCAGCUCAACUUUCUUCUCAGUGCAGCUAUCAAGGAGCAGAUUUUUAAGCAGUCUACAGAGCUGGUGUGUCGAGCAUAUGGAGAGAUGUACGCGGCUGUAACCAACCCAUCCAGUGGCUACAAAGAGCCUGAGAGUGUGUUACAUAGAUCCCCUCAGCAGGUACAGACCCUGCUGUCCUGAGCCCUCCCUCACACACUCUUUCACACACUCACUACUGGGUUCAAACCAGUAUAAUUGACUUUGGUGUGGUGAAGAUCAGGUGCCAUACACAGGCUGGGGUGCAAUAUGAGCCAGCCAGUCAGAGGUGGACACAUGAGGUGGAGUCUAGCAGCACGACUGGAGUGAAGAAACACUCCUAUGUGCGUGUGUGUGCGCGGAGUUGUGAUGUACUCUCUUUCAUGAGGUUGUUGUGGGUAAAAUAAAAGACUCUUUAAAGAAAAAAAAAAACUUGCACUCUUUAAAGAAAUUUAAAAAUGUUAUUUUCUUCUCUACAUGAAUGGAUUCCUCCUGGCAGACACACAAAAUAUCCACACAAUUAAACUGAAAACCCAAAGGAUACACUGCUGGGCCUGCAUAAUGUAUUUUUUGGUAUUUAUUAUUAUCAAGAUUUUGGCUUUUUUGAAAGUGGAGUUACAGAAAGCGGCAGUACAGUUGUAUGCAAAUGUGGGCA